UCUAGAGGAAGUUGACGAAGGUGCCACAGCAGCACAGCACAGUAUGUGGUGGGGAGUUUUCAGCUUGCUGGCUUGGUUCCCCUUACAAGAGGCCUCUCUGACUAACCACACAGAAACCGUCACCGUGGAGGAAGGCCAGACGCUCACUCUAAAGUGUGUCACUUCUCUGAGGAAGUCCUCCUCCCUCCAGUGGCUGAGCCCCUCAGGGUUCACCAUUUUUUUAAAUGAGUAUCCUGCUUUUAAAAAUUCCAGAUACCAGCUUCUUCAUCACUCAGCCAAUCAGCUCUCCAUCAGUGUGUCUAACAUAACCCUGCAAGACGAAGGCGUGUACAAGUGCUUACAUUACAGUGACUCUGUGAGCACAAAGGAAGUGAAAGUGAUUGUGCUGGCAACUCCUUUCAAGCCAAUCCUGGAAGCUUCAGUUAUCAGAAAGCAAAAUGGAGAAGAACAUGUUGUACUCAUGUGCUCCGCGAUGAGAAGCAAGCCCCCUCCGCAGAUAACCUGGCUACUUGGGAAUGGCGUGGAGGUGUCCGGUGGAACCCACCAUGAAUUUGAAACUGAUGGGAAGAAAUGUAAUACUACCAGCACUCUCAUAAUCCACACUUACGGCAAAAAUUCAACAGUGGACUGCAUUAUCCGGCACAGAGGCCUGCAAGGGAGAAAACUAGUAGCACCCUUCCGGUUUGAAGAUUUGGUUACUGAUGAAGAGACAGCUUCAGAUGCUCUGGAGAGAAACUCUGUAUCCUCUCAAGACCCACAGCAGCCCACCAGUACUGUGUCAGUAAUGGAAGAUUCUAGUACAUUGGAAAUUGACAAAGAAGAGAAAGAACAAACCACUCAAGAUCCUAACUUGACCACCGAAGCAAAUCCUCAGUAUUUAGGAUUGGCAAGGAAGAAAAGUGGCAUCCUGCUGCUCACGCUGGUGUCCUUCCUCAUCUUCAUACUCUUUAUCAUAGUCCAGCUCUUCAUUAUGAAGCUGCGGAAAGCACAUGUCAUAUGGAAAAAAGAAAACGAAGUUUCAGAACACACACUAGAAAGUUACAGAUCAAGGUCAAAUAAUGAAGAAACAUCAUCUCAAGAGAAAAAUGGCCAAUGCCCGCCGACUCGUCACUUCCUGGACCUCCAAACGCCCCUUGUGACGGGUCUUGUUCCUCAGGAACAAGCAAAGUUCCUCGCGUAUUCUAGUAGUUUUACUUGUGGCAGAGAUCUCCUCCCCCGGGCGGCCUCUACCCUCCGGCGCUGGAAGUUCGGCGGCGAGGCAGCCUCUCCCGGGGCGCUAGGGCUCCUCCAGCUCUGUCCCGAUGUCGUUUUUAUGGCCGUUUGCAGCCUCCGUGCCAGGGCCAGGGGUGCGGUUCGGGACGCGGGAUCCUAG